GUCAACAUAACAGCAAAUAAUUGAAUCUGCGAAACUGUAUUGAAAUUAUAAAAAUUGUAUUUCGUAUUUCGCUCAUUAUAUAUGCUAGAAAGAAUGUUUUACAAAACAUUUUUUAGAAGUUGCUUGAUAUUGAGUUUAAUUUUUCUAAUCAUCAUAACUAAUACCAGUGCCCAUAAUGCUAAAGGAUUCGAUGACACAGUGUUGUUUAAUCUAGCUUGGUAUGGAAAGGAUGAUGUGGCGAAAGCAUCGGGUGAUGAGGAAAUUACUAUGAUUACGACCAAUAAGGAAAAAUAUGUUUGUUUCAUACCAUCGAUUGCUACAAAAGACACCGAGAAAGAAGUGCUCUAUGAAGGCCCAAGUCCAAUCGAUUUACUAAUUCCACUGUUCAGUCAUUCAACUUGCUCUUACAGAAUUGAGAGUUAUUGGACUUACGAAGUUUGUCAUGGAAACUAUAUUAAGCAAUAUCACGAAGAGAGGCACGAAAAAACUAGCAAGUUGCAAGAAUACUAUCUUGGCAAGUGGGACAGCAAGAAAACAGCUGAUCUCAAAGCCGAACAGUGGAAGAAACAUUUGGAAAUUGAGGGAGAAAAGUUAAAAUACAAAAAGAUAGACGGACUCAAUCUUCCGUAUCUCGAGUUAGAAAUGGGUUCCGGUACUAUUUGUGAUCUUAACGGGGAGCCACGCGUGACCAAAGUUUUAUAUGUGUGUUAUUUACACGGCAAGAAUGAGGUUUAUUCUUUAAAAGAAACAUCCACGUGUAACUAUGAGGUUAUCAUUUUAACACCGAUGCUGUGUGCUCAUCCUAAAUACAAGCCACUGGAAACAGAAGAGAACAAAGUUAGCUGUAUGGCCAUGGGAAACUCUCCCAAGAAACCAAAAAAUCUCCUAAUGAUGGAAAUCGAGGGUAUGCGGAUCAAAUAUCAAAAACUUACGGAAGUACAAAAGAACAUUAAAGAUGCUCUUGCGGUUGUUAAUUUUAAUAAGGAUAAUCCAAUCAAAAUAGAGCUAUUUCCAAAUGACAUUCCAACUAUUGAUAACCUAAAUCGAAAAGGACUUAACGAAAAUGGUCACGGUGAGGAGGAUAAUGACAACCUGAUGGAUGGAUUUGUCAGAAAAAUAAGAAAAAAUAAAGAACUAAAGCCGCUUUUAGAAUUUUUAGAUGGCAGUUACUGUUUAACCGGAGGUUCCGGCUGGUGGAAAUUUGAACUGUGCUAUGGAAAACACGUUCGUCAGUACCACGAUGAUACUUCUAUUUUCUUGGGACAUUUCAACAAAGAUAAACAUAUCGAGUGGCUGGAGAAAAACCCAUCUAUGAAAAACAAACGCAAAAACGAACAUCAAUUAAGUAACUUAUAUGGUGGAGGUGAUAUUUGUGACAAAACUAUGAUGCCAAGACAGGUUGAGGUAAAACUAAAGUGCACUGAACAUUCUGCAAGUUCAAAUGCCAUUGCUCUUUACCUAUUGGAACCUCGACCAUGCGAGUAUAUAUUGAACGUUGAAUCAUCACUGAUUUGUGAUAUUUUACCAUACGCUGAGGAAAAUAUGCUGCUUCCCGAUAGCAUACAAAAUUUAGAAGAUGAGACGUUAUACAUAAUUGAUAGUAGCAAUACAAAUAAUUAAUACAGUGAUGAAAAUUUA